UGCUGUAUAGUUGCAGCUCGAACGUUCUACCGAUUAUUCGCCACUUGUUGGAUUAGCUUGUGUACAUUCAUCGUGACUGCAUUUACUUGCAGUAAAAUGAGAUCUGAUCCAUCCAACGAAACAGAUGAAACUAGAAAUGUGUUAACAAUUACUGGAUUAACAUGCCGUAAGUCAGCUCGAACAUCCUGUCAACGGGAACUCGAACUUACCGACUCCUCAUCAAUAAGUGAUGAUACGUGUACUGGUUCAGAUGGACAAAGUCGCAGUGUCAGCAUGGGCAGAACGGGCAGUCGGAGAAAACGUAAAACCAGUGGCAAAGAUAAAAACGUUAGAAGACUGGAAAGCAAUGAGAGAGAAAGACUUCGUAUGCAUAGUAUCAAUGACGCUUUCCAGUCACUUCGAGAAGUCAUACCACACGUUAAAAAAGAUAGACGUUUGUCAAAAAUCGAGACUUUGACAUUGGCAAAAAAUUACAUCAUAGCUCUAACAAAAAUCAUAUGUGAAAUGAGAGGUGAACUAAACCCUUUCAAAGAUCCUGAAAAAGUUGAUGAAGAAAAAGUUUACAUACACCAACAGUUACAAAUAGCACUCCAAAAAGACUCGGACGAGACCUUAUAAGCGCUCAUAAUGUCAUUGAACUAACUUUAGAAACAAUUUAAGAUAGGUUUUUAAUAAAAGAUAUAAUUUAUAAUUUAAUUUAAUUUAUUUAAUCAUAAUUAAAUAUAACCUAUUGUUAAACAACGAUUUGUGUAAAUGGUGAGAUGGAAAAAUAUAUUUUUUGUAAAUGUAUUAACGUUAAUAUAAAGUUGCGUAAUAAGAAUAUUUUAUCUUUAAUAUUUAAAUAAAGAUUAAUUAUAAACACAAAAUUUU